UUUGUGAUCAUUUUGGAUACUUUUAUAAAUUAUUUUUGCUUAUUAUUAUUAUAAUUUAUGAUUUUGUAAUCAAGCUUUUAUAUGCUGUUUAUCUAAGACACCUGAUUUUUUUUUCUUUUUAAAUCCUUCCAAGGGAAGUUACUCAUGUAAACCUCAAAAACGAAAGCAAGAUGUGGUGUUUAGACGUUACGAAAACGUGAUAUAUUUAAAUAACUCAUCCACUUUCAUCAUUGUCAGCAGUUUAAAUGGAUACAUAAAGCAAAACAAUAUCUAAAUCGAUUUAAGUUUACCGUCAACGUUCGUUGAUUUACGUAAAAUCAUGUGGGGAAAUAAAACCGCCUAUCAUGCCAGUCCAACAAAUUCAAAAUUAAAAAAGAACUCAACUGUGUCUAUUUUACCAUCUUCACCAAUGAUAACAAGAAGGAGGCAAGACAUGAACAAUUCCAUUAAUCUAAAUGGUACACAUAGUACAAAUGGAGAUUCAAGUCAGAAUGUGCUUUCUGGAGCUGGACCACUUCUAUCUUCACCUUUCAUGCCACAGAUUAAAAGAGCUCUUGGAUUGGAGCCAAAAUUACAGCAUAAAUAUGGGGAACAAAGGCGGCAUAGCUUUGGCAUUGGAAUCACCCCAAAGUCCCCAACUAUCACAGCAGGAUCAUUACCCCAUGUGAGACUAAACAAAACAAGGAGAUUGUCUCUCUCUGAACGGAAUUCUUCAAUGUUGAACAAAUCAAGUACUGUGAAAAUAGCUCCACCUGUCAUUGGGAAAGUAGCCAGUCCAAGCCUCUAUCACAUGAGAUGUAAUACAUCAAUGCAAGAAGAUAGGAACACUCCAGAUACGUAUGCUGUCAUUUCAGCUUUAAAAGAAAGAAGGAAAAGAUCCAUAAAUACAUUUGAAGAGCAUAUAGAACCUCCCCAACAACAAGCUAAGAGACGACGUCAAGAAAGUCAGCAUUCAAAUGCGUCAACAUCAUCUAUGCCUUCAAUGCCGGAAAACUUUCCCGAUCUUACAGGUGCUGACUUCACAAUGAGGCUGGAUACUCCAAGCUUGAAAAGACCUUCAAGGCCGAGUCAAGAAGAUGUAGAAGAGUGGAAUAAAAUGAAUAACUCAAAAAGACACCAGUAUGAGGGCCGAAAUAAUUCUAUACUCAGCAGUCUAAGCUCUAGUCAGAGAUUAAUUGAGAAGUCAAAGAGGAAGGCUGAGUCUAGUUUCACUGAGAAGGAGAACAACAGUUAUGUCACAAAGUCACUAAGAACAGAGCCUCCCAAACUUACACAUAUUGACAUUCAGUACAAUACAGAUAAUACUGUCAGGACACCAACUGUGUCAAAACCUUCAGAGAAAUCUCCACAAGUGACCAAUGGUCAUUUAGUUACCACUUCACAGCCAGAUACUGAGAAGACCCAGCUAUCACAGAAAAAGGAAGAAUCAUCAAAACCAGAAGUACGGAAGAUGCCCUCUAUGAAGAAAACGGCCAGCAUAUAUUCGGGGUUGAGCUCUGCCACAAAUUUCAAAAAGGCACAGUAUGCGAACGUUGUAGCAACAUUAGAUGAUUACGAUGCUGAUAAAGAAGCCGAGAACCAGAGAGUAAAACAAAUGCUCAUGGACUUAGAUGAGUCAUUCACACAGAAAGAAGCUAAUAAAGAAGCGGUGGUAACUAGUACCACAAGUGAAACAACAGUUACUACAACAGUUUCCACGGUAACAUCAUCUUCAGUUUCCAUAGUAACCACUUCAACUGGUCCUCUGACACUGAACGUCUCUAAACCUGCUUCUGUAUUGUCAGCUUUGGAGAAAUUGUCAAAAUCCCCUGUACAGGAAACUGGAGGGUUGCCAAGUACAUCUGUGUCGACAUCACAGCCAAGUAUGACAUUUAAACCAUUGUUUGGUACACUCAGCACUUCAUCAAGUUCAGGGGUCAGUGGCACAACAGUGGCAGGGUCAGUAACGACUGCUACUGUGACUGGUACCCAGUCUAGUUUACCAGGAGGGUUCACCUUUAAUACACCAAAAACUACACAGUCUACAGUUGGCUUACCUAAUCAGACAACAGCUACCACAGUGUCAUCAGGAUUUUCUUUAGGAGGUUCCCAGGUGUCCACUCAGGUACCACAGCAUACAGGUAUUGGUGUUGUAUUCGGGGCAACUACUACAACUGCAGCAUCGAGUUUGGCUAAUACUGGUGCCGGAUCUGGGUUCAACUUUGGUAGUGUCACUACAAGCACUGCUGCGCCGUCUGCAGCAGGUGGUUUCAGUUUUACCGGAGCCCAGUCGACACCUUCCUCGACGCCAGCAGUAACAACAACGACAGUAGCAACCGGAUUGGGAUUUGGAUCAGUCACAAGUUCCGGUGCAACUCAAGCGCCAGGUGCUGGUAUUAGUUUUAAUACUUCCACAGCACCUGCACCGACGUCAUCUACUCCGGCAGGUGGAUUCUCUUUCAGUUCUAAACCUGCAGGAUCUACAGCUGCAGCUGCAGGGUUCUUGUUUGGAACAACAGGGAGCUCUGCAGCUCCUUCCACUGGAGGAUUUUCUCUUGGAGGGCAAACUGCUCCUGCAGUCACGACAGUGGCUCCUUCACAGUUUGGAACAACAACAUCAACAUCGGCUGCUCCCACGUUCAACUUUGGUGGAGCACAGAAUACAGGCACAAGUACAGCAGUUGCAACAGGCGCUGGAUUCUCUUUUGGAGCUUCAUCCAAUACAGUACAGUCUGCGACAUCAGUAUUUGGAGCACCAACUGCAAGUACAGUUCAGUCACCAUUUGGUGCCCCAGCAUCAACAACACAAACCCCAUUUGGUGCCCUAGCAUCAACUACACAGUCCCCAUUUGGCGCCCCAGCAUCAACAACACAAACCCCAUUUGGUGCCCCAGCAUCAACAACACAAACCCCAUUUGGUGCCUCAGCAUCAACUACACAGUCCCCAUUUGGUGCCCCAGCAUCAACUACACAGACCCCUUUUGGUGCCCCAGUGUCAACUACACAGACCCCUUUUGGUGCCCCAGUGUCAACUUCUCAGACCCCAUUUGGUACUUCUACAGGAAAUGCGGCUGCAGCAUUCAGCUUUGGAUUACCAAAAACUUCUGCGUCUGCUUCUCCAUUUUCAUUCAAUGCGGGGUCUACAGCUGCGACUGCAGGGAGCACACCAUUCCAGACAGGACAGACAACUGGUUCUACACAGGCUGGAACUGGUAUGUUCCAGUUUGGAGGAACAGCAGUAACAACUGCUGCUGCUCCAGCUUUUGGGGCACCUUCGACACAGCCUCCAGCAUUUGGGACAGCUAAUCCAGCAACUGCGUUUGGAUCAACUGGUCAGACUCCCUCUUUUGGUGGUAGUAGUACUACACCUGCCUUUGGUGCAGCCAAUCAGAAUUCAGUAUUUGGUGCGACCAAUCAAACUCCAGCAUUUGGUGCAACCAGUCAAACUCCAGCAUUUGGUGCGACCAAUCAGACGUCAGUAUUUGGUGCAACCAAUCAGACUCCAGCUUUUGGUGCAGCCAAUCAGACGCCAGCUUUUGGAUCUGCCACGCCUUCAUUUGGUGCAUCAACCAAUCAGAAGCCAAGUACACCCGUUUUCGGAGGAACUGCAAACAACACAAGUGGAUCAGUGUUUGGAACCACUGGUAGUACUGGAACUGGGUUUGCUAAAUCCCAUUCUAUGCCAGCAUUUGUUACAAGCCAAGAUAGCACUUCAAAUCCAGGUAAUAAAUACGAUCAGUAAUAACAACCCUACCUU